GGGCUGGUUGGGCCCAAUGUUUUUAUCAACUUAAACAGAGACAAAUUAAGUGACUGCCUCCUCCUUGUUAUUCAAAAACCCUAAUUUCUGUUAUCUUCGAGUUCAGUCGCCGUAACGCGAGCGAAGACGCUGAGAUCCAAAUCAACUUUUCAGAAUGAAGUUCAACGUUGCAAAUCCAACCACUGGAUGCCAGAAGAAGCUGGAAAUCGAUGAUGAUCUGAAACUCCGUGCAUUUUGGGACAAGAGGAUCUCGCAAGAGGUUAAUGGCGAUGCUUUGGGCGAGGAAUUCAAAGGUUAUGUCUUCAAAAUCACCGGAGGAUGUGACAAACAAGGUUUUCCAAUGAAGCAGGGAGUGUUAACUCCUGGUCGUGUUCGCCUCUUGCUCCACCGAGGAACUCCUUGUUUCCGAGGAUAUGGAAGGCGUAAUGGAGAGCGAAGGAGGAAGUCUGUUCGUGGUUGCAUUGUUAGUCCAGACCUCUCUGUCUUGAACUUGGUUAUUGUGAAGAAGGGUGAAAAUGAUUUGCCAGGCUUGACAGAUGUUGAAAAGCCAAGAAUGAGGGGUCCUAAGAGAGCUUCCAAAAUCCGCAAGCUCUUCAAUCUGUCCAAGGAGGAUGAUGUCAGGAAGUAUGUCAACACCUACCGUAGGACAUUCACAACCAAAGCUGGGAAAAAGGUGAGCAAAGCUCCAAAGAUACAGCGACUGGUCACUCCUCUUACUCUUCAGAGAAAGAGGGCAAGAAUUGCAGAUAAGAAGAAAAGAAUUGCCAAAGCAAAAUCAGAGGCAGCAGAGUACCAAAAACUUCUCGCCUCCAGGUUGAAGGAGCAAAGGGAACGCCGUAGUGAGAGUUUGGCUAAGAAGAGAUCAAGGCUUUCCAGUGCUAAGCCAGCUGUCACAGCAUAGGCUGCUUUGGCACAGAUGAAGUUCAUACUUCGCCUGAGUUUUUGAUAGUAUUAUUUGACGUUGAUGCCUUUUUUAUGCUAUUUUGCAGUUCCAACAAUGUUGUUUUAAUACUUUUUUGUGUUCAAUGGAUUAAUAUAAUCUAAAUUUUACCUUGAUGGAUUAAGUGGCCUCGUGAUAUAUAUCUGUAAACUGUUGCAUUUCUUUCCA